AUAUAUUGAUAUGUCGCCUAGUCUAGGAUUACUUCAAAUAAAUGCUUUUAUGAUAGAGAAACAGUGAAAAUCAAAUUCCAACUUGGAAAGAAUUUAGAGGAUAUAGGCCACUAUAAAAAACAAUCUUGCACUUUGCUCUUAUAAUGUUUUAAAUAAAUAUUCGAGACAUCAGUCCCAGCAGUCAAAGAACGGAACGCGCGCAUCAUGGGGAGCGUACGCACUGUGGCGCAGGCUACAAGCUAUUAGCACCCGAGGCGUUCGAGGGUUUAAAAAACAUUCAAGGAAUAAACCGUGUAGUUGGUGAAAUAGAAGUAAAAGAAACUGCAUACGUGUCAUCAGCAGGAUAAAGGGAUGGAGUUCCCUGUGGACGUGUUGGAUUCAGUAAGGCAAGAGGAGGUGGAACAGGCAGCAGAGGGCUACAUGACCCAGCUACGAUAUGUCAGCCCCGACAAGACCGAGAGCUUUACCCUGCCCAACCACAGAAAGAUCAGUAUCGGUCUAUGCAACGUUGGUUUUGUUCCCAUCUAUGGAGGAGACCUGAAGCACAAGGUUAUGGCCCUGUUCUCCCCAGAUGAUCAGCUCACAGCGGUAGCUCUGUACCUGGCAGGACAGUGGUGGUCAGUAGAGGACAUCCUCAGAACCUCAGACCCCUCCAGAACUGGCCUGGUCAAGGUGAGGAGUCUUGGUGAGCGGCUCAUCCUGUACAUUCUGAACCGUAUUGUGUACCGCGUGGGUGAGAUGGACGAACCUGAGGUGCCCUUCCUGUGCCACGGCCAGCACGACUUCGCCAAGCUCCUCUGGAAGGACGGAAACGCUGUCGGGUUCUACUCAGUCAAACCCAAAGACAGCUUGUGUAAUAACUUUGUGACCCAGCGCUACCAGCUUCCUGUUAUGGACUCCAUAUUUGUCAGGAAGUGUCACCGUGGAAAGGGCCAUGGCCUGCAGAUGCUGGAGGACUUUGUGGACUCUUUCAAAGACACCCAGCUUGGCCUGAAGUACCCUCUCUCUCUAACCAUGUAUAAAGUGUGUGGCCGGUACCUGUGUCGGUACCCAGCUGACCAGGAUCUGCUGUGGGUGGUAGAGGGAGUGGGAGGACCUUACCAGAGAGAGAAUGUGGCCAGCAAGAUGAAAGCCCUAGCACUGAAAGCGGUGCUCCACGCGGUGACUUCUAACGGAGACCGACGAGCAGCCUCCCUGGACCACACAGACGUCAGCAUGGAGGAGGACAACUUUCUGGACAUCACCGAGGAUGUUUUGGUGGUAAAUACUCCCCUGAAGUUAAUAGAAGCGCUGGAUGGCUCACCCGUGUCAACACGUAGCAGGAGUAGCGGACAUAAAAAGCGUGGCAGAGAAGAGACUGAAGACUCCACGGAGGAGAGCCUUCCUCUGAAGAUGAACAGAAUGGAGGAUGCAAAGUCUGAGCCCACCAAAACGGUUGUAGAGGACGGAGGACAGGAGGAGGCGGAAGGAAGAGGGGGGGAGGAGUCUGGAGAGGCAGAGGCUGCUGUGGCCCAGGAGGAGGAGGAGGAGGAGGAGGAGGUGACGACGGCGACGACCAAAGUUCAGAUAGUCAAGAUGAACGGAGAACUGACUGAUGGCCAGAGGGAGGAGGUAAAGGAUGGAGUGGAGGUGGAGGGAGAGGCUGUGCUGGAGAAUAGAACGACAGAGGAAGAUGUGGAGGAGGCGGCAGCAAAGGAGGAAGAGUCCAUCGAGGCCGAAGACAUCUUAGAAGCAGCUCCUGUGGCGCCGGAGGGGUUGGCUGAAGCUGUGGAGGAGCAGGAUCCUCUCCCGUUAGUAGACGGUCCAGCAUCUGUUUCAGAGGAGGCCCCCUCGCCUGCAGAACCAUCCCCAGCAGUGGCCUCCCUCUCUGGGGAUGUGCGUGAGGAGGCUACACCCAUGGAAGAAGGAGAGGAGGUAGAGGGAGGAAAGGACACUGUAGUAGCAACUCCUGUGGCGUCUGAGGGGUUGGCUGUGGUGGAGGAUGUGGAGAAGGAGGAGGCUCCUCUCCCGUUAGUAAAAGAGCCGGCCUCCGCUCCAGAGGAGGCCCCCUCGCCCAUGGAAGGAGAGGAGGUAAAGAGAGAAGAGGUGGGGGAGAGCGCAAUGGAGGAACCAGAGGCAAAGAAUAAAUUGUUGGAGGUCAUUGCGGUGGACAGCAGUAGCCAGGAAACGGUGGUCCAGGUGCUGGGAGGAGACGUGUCCUACCAGCCUCUGGAGGAAGGAGAGGAGGAGGCGAAGGAAGAGGUCCUGGUCGUGAAUGAGCAAAAUAAAGGGGUAGAGGAGAUGGAGAAUGCUACGACUACAGAGGAGUUCGAGGAGGGAAGUGAGAGCUCCGACGAGGGAGGCAAGGGUCAGGCCCUUUGGAGGAGAGUUGGGGGCAGUGGCCCGGCGGCGCCUGAACGUAAAUCUAAGAGACUGAACAGGGUGGUCAUCGAGCAGGACAGGGAGCAGCCAGAGGUCACAGUGGAAGAGGAGGAGAAGGCUACAACUACAGAGGAGGAGGAGGAGGAAGAGGCUGUAGAGAAGAGUUGGGCUGAGGAAGAGGUGGAGGAAGAGGAGCAGCCACAAGUGAUUGACCAGAGGGCAUUGAGAAGGAAGAGCCGACCGGUCCAGACUCCAAAUAAAGCCAGAGGGAAACGACACGGCAAGAUCUAAACACACCAGGCAUUGCACCACACACACACACACACACACACACACACACACACGGUGAUGUUUUCUGUCUGGUUUUAGGGUUUGUAAGGGGUCUAAAGUUUACUUGUAUUAUCUCAGUAUGAUGUUUAGAUGCAUUUACUUUAGGUAGUUCAUUUAUCUUUACAGAAAACGACCAAAAAAGUGUUUGUACAGGAAAACGCAGCACUCGCUGAUGUAAUUUGUCAAUGUGAAGUCUUUUAACGUUGUUCAUGUGAUCUUGUUUUUACUGCCUUGUUCUAUAGGAACUGACUGAUAUCGAGUUGAACAGGUCUAUUGUGGUUUGAAUGUGAUCGUCACUCAGACUUUCACUAUCAAACCCAGUUCCAUGUUCUCCUAUAGCCUGGUUCCAUACUCGUCUUGAGGUGCCACUGUUAUAUUUAUAGACGUUACAAUAUUUAAAUAGUUUUGGUCGAAAGGCACCUCUUUAGUUUAAUUCUUGCAGGAGUAAUUUUCUUUAAAAAAAAGUCAUUUAAAGUUCUGUUCCAAUGAAAGCCAGCAGACCCAUUAGCUUCCGAAGACCAGUUUUGCUAAUCAACCUUAUUUUUUAUGACUAUAUGGGACUCUUAAGGAAGGAAACUUUGAAAGAAUACCUUCUGUUUGAUGUGAACCAUAGACGUGUAUAUAAUUAGUCAUUGACUUGAAAUAGGGUCUCCCCAUUCUAGUAAUUAUGUUUCUAUAAUGUAAACCUUGAUGUCAGGAUGUCAGAAUGUCAGUCUUUCACAGGUGGUGUUUUGGGCGACAUGAGUUUUUGGUUUCUCCCUACUUACAACAACAAACAAAAAGAUGACCAACGCUGCCUCUAUUGUUAAUCUAAUUUCCUUCAUAACAUCUAUUGUGAAAGGCAGAAAUAUAUCCAUUGUGUAUGACUCGUGUGUUCGCUGUGUCCAGGAUAUGUCACAUACAAGGAGCUACAGCUCCUGAUGCAGCGGCUUCCUCUCCCUAAUCUGCACUGAUCUGAGAACUAGGGGUAAGUGAAGGUAAUGUGGCAGAAACCUACCAGGGGAUUUUGCUUUCACCUCUCCACUUCCAGAUCAGUGCAGGGGAAGGAAAGGAGGCGAGGAGAGGAUGCCACUCUGUACUCUUGAGAUGCUCACCAUGUGCUUGUUGCUGAAAUACCCGUUCUUUCAACCACUGCUAUACUUGUGAAUGGGUUCCAUUAGGUUUUGUUGCUACUCUAGUCUGGUUCCCCCCAAGUGUUUUUAAAGGCUUAUUGUGACGCCAUGAAGCUGGUGUACACAGCCAUGUUAGUUCUGUUUGUUUUCUGUUGGAAUGUAUUCUGGAUUUGCUGCAACAGCAGAGGGAGCCAGAGUAGGUGUCGUUGAGCUGCAGCGGCGAGUAUAGUGUAUAGCCUGUCUUGACCCUGUUGUGGCGUUUUCAGAUUUGGGUUGAAAAUGGAAGUCCACCACUUGGUGGCACUCGCAUUCUGCCACAUUCAGCUGCUGUGGUUCCCUCUGUGUCUGGUGGUUUCAUACAUGCAUGCUUCGUAGAUAUGUCUGACUGGGUUUGUGCUGGUGCUCUCCAAGAAUGAAGGCUGGCUUGCCCCAGCGGUCGUGUUCAGUAGGGUGCAAUGUCAGAAAUGGUUUGUUAGCCGGGUACAAGACACUCCUUAUUUGCAACGUUCAGAACAUUGCACCUUCCUGAAUGUACCUGGUGCGACUCUAAAUCAGGCGUCCUUUAUUGGCCUCGUUCACAACCAAUCGACUUUAGACUGUCCUGAAUGGUAAAUGAUGCCCUAUAUAGUGCACGCUUUUGACCAAAGCCCUAUUGGCACUGAUCAAAAAGGAGUACAGAGGGCCCUUUUUAGGGUAGUGUUCUGUUGAUUUAGUUUGCACUGUAACGUGUACGGCUUGUGGUCAGAGAGGUUAACCGUUUCACCGCUGACACCUAUGUUUAGUCACCGGUACGAUCAGGGUCUCAAUUCAGGAGAUGAAUCCACAUUUAAAUGAAUUGGAAAGAUGUCUAUUUCAAAAGAGAGAAAUGUGCCUUUUUUUUUGAUUGGUCCCUACCUGUGUAAGGGACCC